AUGUCCAAACUACAGUUGCUGAACGGCGGCUGCUACAGAGAUCUCCGUAGCCAUAGAGACAACAGUAGUAGAGUUGCAUGAAGAAAUCUCCCCUUCGACAGAGGAGAAUCACCGUCUACGAAGACGGUUGGAUUUUUGGUUUUCAACCCACAGAUAAAGUUACACAGAGCAGAUUUGUAACUUUAUUAACAUACAUCAUUCAUAUGGCAAGAUAUAAGCUUAAGGUACACAAUUGUACAUAUACAAGUACAAAGGCAACGCUUAUGGAAUGCCAUUUAUGGAACGCCGUUUGGGUCUUUGCGUGUCAAAAAAGACACACGUCAAAUAACACUAUUUGAAGCGUUAAAUAAGCUUUUAAUUUGACAAGUCAAAUAAUAAAAUUAUAUUAUAGAAUGUUGUGUGUGCUGAAUUUGCAUGUGCAAGCCAAGCGCCACCACUACCAUCAGUAGCACUGUCAAAGCUGUACAAAAAAAAAGUAUGCAAACAAGAACACACCGGCCACCAACGAUGUGUUUACAAUACCGCGUUAGUAAUAAGACAUUCUUUGUUCGACAGCAACUUCGGGGGUAGCUAGCUAGCUUUAGCUUGGUACCUAGCUAGCACCAAUACAACCAUCCUGAAAACAAUGACUAGCAGAAACUGCAGUCAUUUUCAUUAUUCUUAGCAAUGAUUUAGGAAUCCUUGUGAGUAAGUAUUAGCUAGGUAGCCACUUGUUGUUCGCCUAUUGAAUUUGAACUUCAGUUCAUGAAACUAACUAGCUAGCCAGCUACUUAACCCUUUUGCCCAAAGCUAACGUUAUAAGCAGCCAGCUUAAUCUGGCUAGUGAGGCUCGACCGGACCGGGUUAUGUUGUGUGAAAAUAGCCACAAUAAGGAUUAGGCACAAAAGUGGAAUUUGUGAUUUGCCUUCAAAAUAAAAGGACCUCUUUGAAAGUUAUGCAUUAGGUUACAAUUGGUGGAAUCAUGCCAUAUUUAGACUAAAUAAUGUUAAACAAGGUUGGAAUGUGGAGCAAUGAAAUUGGGUAUCAGUUUACUCGGUGACACCCUCAGAACACAACUGUGAAGAGUUUAUGCAAAUAUUAGUGUUGUAGCUCCUGUGACGUGUGAAAUCACCUCUCCAGUCAGCCUAUUGUGUGUAUUGACAUUCAUGUUGUACUGUACAGCCUUACCUAAGGAUUGGGGAUCAAUGAAAUGGGGUUUCAGUCUACUCAGUACCAAGAGCUUUUUUCCCAAUGUCCUCCUCAGAGUUAUCAGACUCCAAAACAUCCACGUUGUAUUGUUUUUCCUCUGGAAUAGUGUUCAAUACACACAGUAGGGUGACUGGUACAAUAAAUGUGGCUCAAUUCACAGGGGUUUCAGUGUCCCGCAAUAAGAGCUACGACACUAAUGUUCUCUGGGUGUCACUGAGUAGAUUUAACCCAUGUCAUUGAUCAAUUAUCCAUAGGUAAGGCUGUACAGUGAAAUAAGUAUGCCCCCAAUGCAAUUCUAAAGUAUAAUACAUCCAGUGUGAUUUCAACAGAUUUUUGUCAAAUUAACAAAUUGUCUCUUGUUGAUUUUAUAUAACAACAUUCCAACCUCGUUUAGCAUGAUCUAUUCAAUUAUGGCAUAAUUCUACUAUUUGUUUUCAUUUGCAUACUUUUAUUUUGAAGGCUAACCGCGAAGUCCACUGUUGUGGCUAAUCCUUAUUGUGGCUAGCUUCACAUACACUGUUCAAAAAAAUUAAGGGAACACUAAAAUAACACAUCCUAGAUCUGAAUGAAUUUUUUUCCUCAUUUUGUCUGUCAUAGUUGACGUGUACCUAUGAAGAAAAUUACAUGCCUCUCAUCUUUUUAAGUGGGAGAACUUGCACAAUUGGUGGCUGACUAAAUACUUUUUUCCCCACUGUAUAACAAAGUAUUGAGAAACUUUUGUUAUUGACCAAAUACUUAUUUUCCACCAUAAUUUGCAAAUAAAUUCAUUAAAAAUCCUACAAUGUGAUUUUCUGGAGAAAAAAAAUCUCAUUUUGUCUGUCAUAGUUGACGUGUACCUAUGAUGAAAAUUACAGGCCUAUCUCAUAUUUUUAAGUGGGAGAACUUGCACAAUUGGUGGCUGACUAAAUACUUUUUUCCCCCACUGUAUAAUACACUGCUCAAAAAAAUUAAGGGAACACUAAAAUAACACAUCCUAGAUCUGAAUGAAUGAAAUAAUCUUAUUAAAUACUUUUUUCUUUACAUAGUUGAAUGUGCUGACAACAAAAUCACACAAAAAUUAUCAAUGGAAAUCAAAUUUAUCAACCCAUGGAGGUCUGGAUUUGGAGUCACCCUCAAAAUUAAAGUAGAAAACCACACUACAGGCUGAUCCAACUUUGAUGUAAUGUUCUUAAAACAAGUCAAAAUGAGGCUCAGUAGUGUGUGUGGCCUCCACGUGCCUGUAUGACCUCCCUACAACGCCUGGGCAUGCUCCUGAUGAGGUGGCGGAUGGUCUCCUGAGGGAUCUCCUCCCAGACCUGGACUAAAGCAUCCGCCAACUCCUGGACAGUCUGUGGUGGAUGGAGCGAGACAUGAUGUCCCAGAUGUGCUCAAUUGGAUUCAGGUCUGGGGAACGGGCGGGCCAGUCCAUAGCAUCAAUGCCUUCCUCUUGCAGGAACUGCUGACACACUCCAGCUACAUGAGGUCUAGCAUUGUCUUGCAUUAGGAGGAACCCAGGGCCAACCGCACCAGCAUAUGGUCUCACAAGGGGUCUGAGGAUCUCAUCUCGGUACCUAAUGGCAGUCAGGCUACCUCUGGCGAGCACAUUGAGGGCUGUGCGGCCCCCCAAAGAAAUGCCACCCCACACCAUGACUGACCCACCGUCAAACCGGUCAUGCUGGAGGAUGUUGCAGGCAGCAGAACGUUCUCCACGGCGUCUCCAGACUCUGUCACGUCUGUCACAUGUGCUCAGUGUGAACCUGCUUUCAUCUGUGAAGAGCACAGGGCGCCAGUGGCGAAUUUGCCAAUCUUGGUGUUCUCUGGCAAAUGCCAAACGUCCUGCACGGUGUUGGGCUGUAAGCACAACCCCCACCUGUGGACGUCGGGCCCUCAUACCACCCUCAUGGAGUCUGUUUCUGACCGUUUGAGCAGACACAUGCACAUUUGUGGCCUGCUGGAGGUCAUUUUGCAGGGCUCUGGCAGUGCUCCUCCUGCUCCUCCUUGCACAAAGGCGCAGGUAGAGGUCCUGCUGCUGGGUUGUUGCCCUCCUACGGCCUCCUCCACGUCUCAUGAUGUACUGGCCUGUCUCCUGGUAGCGCCUCCAUGCUCUGGACACUACGCUGACAGACACAGCAAACCUUCUUGUCACAGCUCGCAUUGAUGUGCCAUCCUGGAUGAGCUGCACUACCUGAGCCACUUGUGUGGGUUGUAGACUCCGUCUCAUGCUACCACUAGAGUGAAAGCACCGCCAGCAUUCAAAAGUGACCAAAACAUCAGCCAGGAAGCAUAGGAACUGAGAAGUGGUCUGUGGUCACCACCUGCAGAACCAUUCCUUUAUUUGGGGUGUCUUGCUAAUUGCCUAUAAUUUCCACCUGUUGUCUAUUCCAUUUGCACAACAGCAUGUGAAAUGUAUUGUCAAUCAGUGUUGCUUCCUAAGUGGACAGUUUGAUUUCACAGAAGUGUGAUUGACUUGGAGUUACAUUGUGUUGUUUAAGUGUUCCCUUUAUUUUUUUGAGCAGUGUAGAUGGGUCCGACCACCAUUAAUCAAAUAAGAACUGUCUUAUAAAUUAGGGUUAUUUUAGAUGAUGACACCUAGCUAGAUAGUUAGUUAGCUAGCUAACUAUAGCUACUGAAACAGAUUGUCGUUUUACUUUUGGGGAAGAACAUUGUUUGCAUCCAUCAGCUAGCUAGCUUUUUUAAUGACCAGCACUGUAGGUGCAAGCGCCAAGACCCAAACGGCGUUCCAUAAACGCUGCAAUUGUAAUGUUGAAUCCCAUAGCAGUAUUCUCCGUGUACAAAAAAACUAGUUAGCUAGCUUUUUCAAAUUUUGUAAUUGCAUGUUUUAGACAGGACCUAGAGAAGAAAACUUUGGAUUUAGUUUUUGACCAAAUAUUUAUUGAAUUAUCAGCAACUUUAUAUUUCCUAUUUUUCCUUUAUCAGAUCCCCAGCAGCUCACUCUCCCCAUAUCUGAAGAGGAUGUUCCCCCUGAGCAGCAGCACUGUGAGCAGGAGUGGAGCCCCAGUCUGAGGCAGGAGGACCCAGAGCCCACACAGAUUAAAGAGGAACAGGAGGAACUCAGGACCAGUCAGGAGGAAGAGCAGCUUCAAGGACUGGGGGAGGCUGAUAUCAUAGAGUUCAUAUUUCCUCCUGCCUGUGUGGAAAAUGACUCAUCAGGAGGACCCAUCCCAGGCCUCACAUCUUCACCAAACCCAAACUGUGGAGGACAGAGAGAGGGACUCUCUACCCACCAACACAACUGAAGAGAUUAAAACAGUAUCAUAAUCAACCAGUGACUCUCAGCCCCCCUCUGCAGUAAAUCCAGACUGUUCUGCAGCUCAGAGGGAAAACAGGGAAAGUAAUGAGGUAAAGAGUGGAGGACUACUGCCAGGGUCUAAGACACUCAAAUCAAAGAGAAAACAGACAAAGAAAGGAGAAAGCUCUCAUACCAGUGCUGGAGGCAGGACGGACACAAUGUUGCCCUGUUUGACAUCAUCUAGUCAAACGUAUGCUUCUCCUUAUUGUUGCAAUGUGUGUAGGAAGACUUUUGUGUCAAACCUUUUUUAUUUAUUUAUCAUGUGCGAAAAACACACAAAGCUUACCAGUGUGGUGUGUGUGGAAAAUAGUUAAAUUCCACAAAGUAUGAUAGAUCACCUACAAACUCACACUGAAGAAAACAUUUCUUGUCAUGUUUGUGGCAAAUGUUUCUCUAAAAAUGGUGAUCUCAAAACACAUACUAUGAGUCACACAGGAGAGAAACCAUGUCAGUACAGAGAAACCAUGUCAGUACAGAGAAACCAUGUCAGUACAGAGAAACCAUGUCAGUACAGAGAAACCAUGUCAGUACAGAGAAACCAUGUCAGUACAGAGAAACCAUGUCAGUACAGAGAAACCAUGCCGGUUCAGAGAAAACAUGUCAAUGCACUCAACGGACAAAGAAAGGAGAAAGCUCUCAUACCAGUGCUGGAGGCAGGACGGACAAAAUGUUGCCUUGUUUGACAUCAUCUAGUCAAACGUAUGCUGCUCCUUUAUUGUUGCAAGGUGGGUAGGAAGACUUUUAUGUCAAACAUAGUUUUUAUUUAUCAUGUGUGAAAAACACACACAGAGCAUAAAGGAUGCCAGUGUGGUGUGUCUUACUAUCUUUUAAUAAAUACUAAUUAUUUGGUUAUUCAGAGUUUGUGACUAUUUACCCAUGCAACAGAACAAUGCAGUUCCCUGUAUAUGGAAUACAUACGCAUGACUGUAAGUCGCUUUGGAUAAAAGCGUCUGCUAAAUGGCAUAUUAUAUUAUUAUUAUUAUUAUAUACUGGACUGUAGAGUAAAAAGUUGACUACCUGUCUGAGCUAAAGUUAGGUGGAAAAGACUCCGUAGGGGACUGUGUCUACAGACUGUUGCUGGCUUUUUACUCCGCCCCCUCCAUAGCACCCAAUGCAAUACACUGUAUUGGACUGUCUACUACCUGUCUCAGCUAAAUUGGGAUGGAAAAGACUCUGUAUGGUGAGUUUUGAACCGAAAGCUAAGUCAUAGGAAGUUGGAUGGUUCAAAUAUAGCACUGUGUCAUCGGACGCAUAUAUUUCCUUUCCAAAAUACCUUAUAAUGUAGAAGACAAAUACGCUGACCAAAAAUAUUGUGGACACCUGCUCGUCGAACAUCUAAUUCCAAAAUCAUGGGCAUUAAUAUGGAGUUGGUCCCCCCUUUGCUGCUAUAACAGCCUCCACUCUUCUGGGAAGGCUUUCCACUAGAUGUUGAAACAUUGCUGCGGGGACUUGCUUCCAUUCAGUCACAAGAGCAUUAGUGAGGUUGGGCGCUGAUGUUGGGCAAUUAGGCCUGGCUCGCAGUCGGCAUUCCAAUUCUUCUCAAAGGUGUUUGAUGGGGUUGAGGUCAGGGCUCAGUGCAGGCCAGUCAAGUUCUUCCACACCGAUCUCGACAAACCAUUUCUGUAUGAACCUCGCUUUGUGCACGGGGCCAUUGUCAUGCUGAAACAGGAAAGGGCCUUCCCCAAACUGUUGCCACAAAGUUGGAAGCACAGAAUCGUCUUGAAUGUCAUUGUAUGCUGUAGCGUUAAGAUUUCCCUUUGCUUAGCCCGAACCAUGAAAAACAGCCCGGACCAUUAUUCCUCCUCCACCAAACUUUACAGUUGGCACUAUGCAUUGGGGCAGGUAGCGUUCUCAUGGCAUCCGCCGAACCCAGAUUCAUCCGUCGGACUGCCAGAUGGUGAAGCAUGAUUCAUCACUCCAGAGAACGUGUUUCCACUGCUCCAGAGUCCAAUGGCAGCGAGCUUUACACCACUCCAGUCGACGCUUGGCAUUGCGCAUGGUGAUCUUAGGCCUGACGAACAGUUAUUGUGCUGACGUUGCAGUGGCAGUUUGGAACUCGGUAGUGAGUGUUGCAACCGAGGACAGAUGAUUUUUACGUGCUACGCGCUUCAGCACUCGGCGAUCCCGUUCUGUGAGCUUGUGUGUCCUACCACUUCGCGGCUGAGCCGUUGUUGCUCCUAGACGUUUCCACUGUUGGAAAGGUGGCAUCCUAUGACGGUGCCACGUUGAAAGUCAUUGAGCUCUUCAGUAAGGCCAUUCUACUGCCAAUGUUUGUCUAUGGAGAUUGCAUGGCUGUGUGCUCAAUUUUAUACACCUGUCCGCAACAGGUGUGGCUGAAAUAGCCGAAUCCACUAAUUUGAAGGGGUGUCCACAUACUUUUGUAGAUAUAGUGUAUCUUACAAUCUUCCUUUUGGUGGACACUUUGGAAAAAAUACAACACAUACAAUAUGUUUAUUCAAAAAGUCAAGAGAGAUGCAAGUAAAUUUGGUCCAAAAAGUAUACUUUAUUCAUAACAAAUAUCACAACGAAGUAAAUUAAUCAAAUUGACCAUCAACAGUUACACAGAAGUUUGAAAUUAGUUUAUUUUUGUCACAUGCACAAGUAAAGUGAAAUGCUUACUUGCUAGCUCUUUCCCAACAUUGCAGUAUUCAAUAUCAAAUAGUAUAAAGUCGUUUUUUUUUUAAACCUGAGAAAUAAGAAAUAUGAAAAACAUAAGAAAUGAAGCUAUAUACAGGGUCCGUGCCAGGACCAAAUGUACAAUGUGCAGGGAUACUGGAGUGGUUAAGGUAGAUAGGCAGGGGGUAAGGAGACAGUGAAUGGUAGCAGGAUCCAUCAUAAUAAUAAUAAUGGUGUGUGUGUGUGUGUCAGUGUAGGCUUGUGUGCGUGUGUCGGUAGAGACCCGUGAGUGGCAUAUAGUCAGUACCGAUACAGUGCAUUCGGAAAGUAUUCAGACCCCUUGACUUUUUCCACAUUUUAUUACGUUACAGCCUUAUUCUAAAAUGGAUUAAAUAAUUAUUUUCCUCAUCAAUCUACACACAAUACCCCAUAAUGACAAAGCAAAAACAGGUUUUUAGAAGUGUUUGCAAAUUAAUAAAAAAUAAUAAAUGGGGGGAAAAAAGGGCAGCAUCUAUUGUCAGGUUUUCAAGAGACUGACCCAGAAAGACAGCUGUAAUUGCUGCCAAAGGUGAUUCUAACAUAUAUUGACUCAGGGGUGUGAAUACUUAUGUAAAUGUUUAUUUAUGUAUUUCAUUUUCAAUAAAUGUGAAAACAUUUCUAAAAACAUGUUAUCGUUUUGUCAUUAUGGGGUAUUGAGUGUAGAUGGGUGAGAAAAAAUAUACAUUUGAUCAAUUUUGAAUUCAGGCUAUAAAACAACAAAAUGUGGAAAAAGUCAAGGUGUGAAUACUUUCUGAAGCCAUAAUCUAUUUGCUACAUCAGGAUGAAAAUCAGAAGCAGGUUCGUUAUCCUCAAAAGUGUAUACAAUUUGCAUAUUAAUUUGGCAGUCUGAGGGUCUUUCUUCUCUGUGAAGUUGACAUAUACAGUGAUUUGCAUUGGGGGCAUUUAUUUAACCUUGGAACAUGUUUUAAAACCCAAAUGUAAUGCAUAUGUCACUUAAAUAUGAACAGAUAUGAAUCAAUGUUUAGACAAUAUUUCAGAUAUCAUGAAUAAAUACUAGUUAUUGACACUGUUCUACUAUUAAGUCGGGGACUUUUAUUUAGAACAUUUUCGAAAUUCCGUGACCCGGAAGUACUUUUGUAGUGUUGCUGACGAAAUGUGACGUUACAGGCUGAGUAGAAUAAUAAAUGUCGACUUUCUUUCUUCUCAAAAUGUCUCAACUACAGUUUCUGAACGUGUAUGUUACUGAAAGACUAACGGCGGCUGCUGCAGAGAUAUCAGAAGCCAUAGAGAGAGCAGUAGCGGAGUUGCAUGAAGAAAUCUCCGGUUCUAAGGAGGAGAAUAUUCGUCUACGAAGACUGUUGGAUUUGGUUUUCAACCCAGAGAUAAAGUUGCACAGAGCAGGUUUGUAUUGACUAGCUACUUUAUUAGCUAAACUUACAUAAAUCAAACUGAUAGCAAGUAAAUGUAGGUAAAUAUACAAUUACAGAGCUGCAAUUGUAAUAUUGGGUGCGUUCGUAAAUUACCUCCAGUGUGUCAGUGCGCUCUGGGUCGUUCGUAAAUUCAGAACGUUAUCAGAUUUUUUUAAAUUCGGAGCUUUCAGAGCGCACACUUACCUCACACCGGCAGUCAAUCGCCUAAGCUAACUGGCUAAAGUUGGCUAGCUUGCUAGCCACUUCCAGACGCAAAUGAGAGAACACCUCACUCUGACAAUUUUACUCGCCCUAGCAGAGUUGGUUAGGCUGUUUUCAUGUUAUGUAACGUUAGAGCGUUAGUGACUAGCGGUUAAAGAAUGAGAACAGUUUGCGGCUGUGCAACCAUGUACUCGCUCCGGGGUACCAAUAAUUUUGUCCAUGUCUUUAAUUUUUUUAUUAAAAUUGUAAACUAAGGUUUACAAAAUAGAAAUAGGUUCUGCAAUGUUUUAAAUCCAAUAACAAGGUGUGGUGACCAAAAGUUAUUUUUAUUAGUUAAAAGUUAUAAUUAUUUGUGCAAGGGUGCCAAUAUAGUUGGCCGCAACUGUAGACCAUGGAAUGACUCAAAGUAAUGGAAUCGAGUUCUAGUAAUGACAAGGGCAACUAUAGCAGUAGCUAUUCUAAUCAAUAAAAUGGAAAUGACCGCUAGCUAGCUUUAACGUUUCAUAUCUCUAUGGUUUAGGGCCCAGUGAAGAUAACUUUGUAAUCAGUUUUAGAUUGGAAAGUUACCAAUUAUUUAUACUAUCUAUUUUUCCUUUAUCAGAUCCCCAGCAGCUCACUCUCCCCAUAUCUGAAGAGGAUGUUCCCCCUGAGCAGCAGCACUGUGAGCAGGAGUGGAGCCCCAGUCUGAGGCAGGAGGACCCAGAGCCCACACAGAUUAAAGAGGAACAGGAGGAACUCAGGACCAGUCAGGAGGAAGAGCAGCUUCAAGGACUGGGGGAGGCUGAUAUCAUAGAGUUCAUAUUUCCUCCUGCCUGUGUGAAAAAUGAUUGUGAUCAGGAGGACCCAUCCCAGCCCUCACAUCUUCACCAAACCCAAACUGUGGAGGACAGAGAGAGGGGCUCUCUACCCACCAACACAACUGAAGAGAUUAAAACAGAACCUGAUGGAGAGGACAGCCGAGUACCAGAAUCAACCGUUGAAUCUCAGCCCCCCUCUGCAGUAAAUCCAGACUGUUCUGCAGCUCAGAGUGAAAACAGGGAAAGUGAUGAG